UCAUCAUUAUCUGCUUUUUAGUCAAGGAAAAAAUCAAAAGAUUAUCUCAUCUAAGAAUUUAUCACCAGUAAACAAAAGAGAUGGGAUUCAAACCCAGAUAAGUAGAGUCAAAGCCUGUGUCUUUGCAGUUAAACUGUGAUGCUGUCGAGAGAUCUUUUAAAGUUUUGACUGUACGGACUUCUUUUCUGAGGUCAGAUUUUUGGAGGAAGAUGUUGUACCCUAUUUUCAGGUACACCCAAUACUAUCUCCUGGAUUCUUCUGUUGCACUUUGUUUUUACUGGUGUUAGAAUACCAUUGACACUUGGCUUUGCAUUCUGACUAUGGAGAAGCUCUUUAAUUACGAUUUGUGUUCCUGAAGUACCUGUCCUAGGGCCUUAGGGCCAGUAGAUGGGAGGAAGACCUGUGAGCUGAGCAGAGAAGAAUGAAGACACCCGGAAUUUACAGAGAGCCGCUCCACAUGUCUGUCACCUCCUGUGACUGCCAAACAACUGUCAGAGAGUAACUUCUGCUGCAUCACCUCCAUUUUCCCAGCCUGCCGUACAUAGGUUCUUCUUUUGGCUAAUUCUUGAGGAUAUAUCUUUCAGAACCUCAGAGGAAACUAUAUUUUAUAUAGCUGAUGCAAUCAACUUUCAGUACAAAAACAAUACUUCUCAGAAAGCUUAUAAGAGUUCCAAGUACUCUGAAUUUCAAGAUUCAAACAAAACAGGCCAAAGGGGAAAAAAAAUUUCCGGAUGAUAUCACUUCAGUGUACUGACCUAACGCAUAGGCUGAGAGGUACCCGGAGAGGGAUUGCACAAGGGAAGGAGAUGUUGCCAUUGUCAACCCGUUCUUAAAAACAUUCGAAUAAUGCUGGUGAGAAAACGUAUGCCCCUGCCAAGACUGCAGUGCAAAUGGGUUUAUCCAGGUUAUUUUUGUCUUUGCAGGCAGAAAAGAAACACAUUAUUUUGGGAGCACAAAAUGGAUACAGAAGACAUGGGCUCAGGUAAACUAGGCCAAAUACUGAAGCAGGUUUGGAGACAAAACCAAAUGUUAAAGCAGGCACUUCUGGGUGAGCACCUUUGUGAGGGGGCUGCUGGAGCCAGCUGGAUAGCCACAGUGGUCUUUCUGGGUCAAGAGCUGGGCAGUGCCCUUCAACAGCUGCUGGAGCACACUGCAGGGACUCUGCGUUUCACCUGCCAGCAGCUGCACAUACUGCUGGACAAGGAGAAUCAGUGUAUCUGGAGACAAGAAAUUAUUACUUUCAUAGACUGCCUCAUGAAAAUGAAUGAACAUUUGGGGAACACUGCUAUGCUUCUAAAGAAAGAAGAAAAGGAGAUGUGUAAUUUAUGCAGCAUGUGUGAUGAACAUGCUCCACAACAGACAAAGUACACCAUUCAAGACACCAAAGCAACAGGCAUUGCUGCAGGAGGGGAACUAAAUGUCAUAGAAACAGCUACUGUUUCUUGUACAAAUGGAGAGAAAAGUCAUUACACAAACCAGGUCCAGUUAAAAAAAAAUAAAACGCAUAUAAAUUCUGUAUUGGUAGAAAAAGAAAACAACACAUCAUUGACCAGAAAUGUAACAGGGCAAGAAGAGUCACAGAACACAAUGUUCCCAGAUAAUGCAGAAAAUGGAGAUGAUGAUAAACAAAUAGAACACAUGACCGCUGAGAACAUAACUAGCAACAAGGAACAGAUUCAUGACAUAAUCCAGACAACAGAAAGAGACAUUAAAGAGAACUCAGAGAAUCAAAGAGAGGAGAUUACCACAUCCUCAACAUGUGAGAUCUCCUAUGAAUAUGUGAAUAAUCUCAACGACUCAGAAAGUCUGAAACAAAAGAAUAACAUCAUGGAAAAGGAGUAUCUCGAUGUACUGAGUGAUGGGACAGACCCCCAAGUGGCUUGUUACAUUACAGCACCAUCAUACGUUUUGCAGCAUCUAGAAUGCCGGAUAAUUAAUAGCAUGAGUUCUUUAAUUGUGACUGAUAAUGAGGAAUUGGUCAGCAAUGUUGUCUCUGUUGAAAGCUCAGAUAAGGAAAAGAGAAUUCCAUUUCCAAUUUGCAUUGUGAUUCCAUUUACCGCCCGUUCCAGGGGAAAUUACAGAGACAUCAUGGUGAAAGUGUCUGAUGUAAACCUUCAAUCAAGUUACCUAUCCCCAACUUCAGUGGAAGGAAUGAGAGGUCAUAAGGGGACCUGUGCAGCAGUGAAAGUUUACAAACUGGGUAUCUUUUCUGUCAUGUCUUGUUUAAAGAAAGAGUCUUUCACAGUAACAAAGAAAGGUCUCACCCUGAAGUCCAGCAUAGAUUCCCGAAUAUCCUUAUCUUACCCUCCAGGAGUUUUCAGCUCACCAGUGCUGGUACAAUUAAAGAUUCAACCAGUUGACCCAUCUCUGGUGGCAUAUUUAAAAACACAGCAAGAUGCUUCCUACCCAGUGUUGUCCACAAGCCCUCUGAUUCAUGUUCAGCACCCAUCAACUCAUCCUUUUCAGAAGCCAGUCACAGUAUUCCUACCUUGUCCUCCACAACCUGACAAAAAGAAUCUUGGGUCUGAGAAAGACCAUCGAAGAACAGGUAGUGCCACGUCAAACCGGAACACACUUUUAUGUUUCAACCGGGCCAAAAGUGCUUCCAUAAGAAAACCUGGGAACAACACUUGUGAAUCUUUGAAAUUACUGGGAUUCAGAAGCCAUGACAGUGGUUGGUUUGGACUUGAUAAUGUUGUGGUGAGAAACAUCCAGAGUGGCUUGAUAUCAUUUGAACUGUGUGAACAUUUAGAGAGGUUUAUUGUGCUUUACGUCUCUUCCAUGGUGGACAACAGCCACUUGGUUUCUUUUGUGAAGUCUUUAGAGGAAGCCUCACUCAGCUCCACUGCCUGCGUAGUACUGUCCCACCAGAAGGACAAUCCACACAGAGUGGUUAUUUUAGUGGUGCCUUCUAAAAAUUUAAACCAGGCACUUAGGAACUUGCACUUGGAAGGGUUCAGAGGGCUUCCAGAAUCGCCUUGCCAUUUCCAAGUGAGAGAAGGAGAACAACUGCUCUUGAGGUUUAUUGGAAACAUAUUUGGUUCAAGCAAUGGGAAGGAUUAUGGAAAAGACCACAGGCUUAUUUUUCACUUACAAAGGAAGACCAGGCUGGAACUUCAGCUCAAAGAAGUGGAUGAAUUUGGAAACUAUAGCUGCCCUCAUUAUAAGGGGACAAUUGCAGUUUAUAUAAUACCCAAGGAAAAGAUAACUUCUAACUUGGAUCCCUCUUUUGGACUUAGUGAAAACCAUUACCAGUUGCCAAUUUGCAAAUUACCACUGAGGUUGCCAAAGCAUGAAAAAUUGAUCAACCGUCCACGGAGUACCAAAAGAAUUUCUACAGAUCCUGUAGAAGCCCUUUGGGAUAACUUGCUUCAUUGGCUGGCAGAGGAGCUCUCUGAAGAAGGCACGGAAGCCCUUACCUCAUCCCUCCCUCUACGCCGCAGCACCAUGCAGCUCAUCAAACUCAAGCACCCUGAAAACAUCGCGGAACAGAUCCACGAACUUCUUUGCUUCUGGAAAAAAUCACUUCCAACCUCCACGGACAAACUUCGCCUCCUAGUUCGUCAUCUCCGCAAGAUGGGCAGGAGUGACCUUGCAGAAGACCUCAAAUUCAAGUGGGAAAAUAAAGUGUUCACGGAACCGCAGCAGUGGUUUGAGAUGGCAGGGGAGUAACAGCGAGACUUAUUUGGGGACAUUUUUACAUAUGCUGAGAGAAUCAAAGUGACCCAAGCCUUGCUCCACCUGAGAGGCCCUGCCUGUGACAGAUAACAAACACCAAACUGUUUAAAAACAAUCACUGCAAAUGUCCAGAUUUCUCCACAAGGGGGCGUCUGCGUUUUAAGUAAAAUUGAGAACACUUAAAACCUUACAAA